GGGGGGAGAACUCAACAGGGCGAUCAUUCUCGCUGCCUCCUCCCUUCCCUCUUCCUGCUUGACUGACCCACCUAACCUACUCGUACCCCUUCUUUUCUCUUUCACCCCCCCCCCCCCCCAUCACGCCCAAGUACCAUAUUGUCAGCGGCAUCGCAAUUCGAAUCCAAUCGAGUUUUUCCUUUUGUAAACCGUGCUGCUGCAACCUCAGCAGCUCAGCCCUGCGACCGCCAACCAGAAUCGAAAUCCCUCGCUUGUCGUUAUUUGCAGCACACACUGGACGCACAGACACCAACCAUCAAACACGCGGCUGACAGUCAACCUUACGACCGACCGAACCUCGCUUUCCUCUUCCCCUUUCCUCCCCGUGUGUGUUCUGUUGUCCUGGAUCGUGGACGGUCUUGAAGAGAUUAUCUGGCUUUUACAUUUGAACUUGUUGGGUGGAUAUAUCGAGAUAGGACGACACGACUGGUACAGCGCAUCCCUGUCCGCUUUCUCUGCUCUAAUUCCGAAUCGCUACGGUACCUCUGCGAACCCUCGCUUUGGUCGACUGUCGAUCCUCCUCGCCUCGAAAACCCCCGGAAUCCCGCUACCAAAGCGUCCAACUGGUUUAUCCCUCGAUACAUCCAAACCACCCCCUCACCCUCUAUUUUGCACCCUGGUGGCCAUCGUCUGCAACCCGGUGUUUGAAAACCCCCUCUACGACUGCGACGAGGUACUGCCAACACCCAUCGGCAGAGCAUCAUCUCACAAAACCCCCCCUCCCGCCCCCCUCAGCUCUAGAUUUUUGGUGUUCAACUCGUCCAGCUUUACGCCACCUCGGUGCUGCCACAUUUCGUUCUUUUAUAUCGAAACUGGGAGAAUAUUUAUUUAUUGGGAAAUCUGGUCCUUGUUCCGGUGGGGAAGUGAACUCUGAAGGUGUCGUUGUUGGGUAGCCUUCUCACUUGAGUUUCGCCUUUCUUCCGGCUGGACCGUGGUGUUAUCCUUGACCUAUCUUUUUUCUUUUUUCUUUUUUCUUUUUCCUCUUCUUUUCUUUUCUUCUUCUUUCUUUCAGUUUAUACAUCUGCGACGACAAACCUCACGGCCUUAAAUACUAACUUUACUUAAUACUUUAACGACUUUCGAUCAGUUCGCGCGUCUUGCGCCUGUAUUAUCCGACUUUUAUACCUGAAUACUGUCCUUAUAAUAUCUUCACAGAUGGGUGCUUGUUUUUCGAGUGAGAGUGAUGAGGAUCGCGUCAGUGCAAGGAUUGACAAGGAGAUUGGGGAGGACUUGAGGAGACUUAGGAGGGAAUGCAAGAUUUUGUUGCUCGGUAAGGAUAUUUGGUGAUGCCUAUCAUACUUGCUCGACUCUAAUAUUGGUGUUUAGGUUCUGGUGAGAGUGGAAAAUCGACGAUUGUAAAGCAGAUGAAAAUUAUCCAUCAGAAUGGGUAUUCUGUUGAGGAGCUCGCAAUGUAUCGGUUAACCAUCUACAAGAAUUUGGUGGAUUGCGCGAGGGCACUGGUGACGGCCCUGCGGCAGUUUGACAUAGAACCAGAUACCACUACUAAUAGGGUAAGGAGUGUGGCUUGGAAUCCGCUGUAUUUGAUUUUGACCUUGGGGAUUUCUAGGAAUAUGCGGACUUUAUAAUGGCCUUCCAAGUUGACCCCGAUCCAAAUACACCACUUGAUCCAAAACUUGCAUCGGCUGUCGUAUCGUUAUGGAAGGACCCUUGCAUUCCCAAAGUGAUGGCCCACCAAAACGAAUUCUAUCUUAUGGAUUCCGCACCUUAGUAGGUCAUCUGGCAAUGGGAUAUAUGCCACUGCAUAGCUAAUUUCUGGGUAUAGCUUUUUUGAUGAGGCGCCUAGGAUCGGCCAAGCUCAUUACAUACCAACAGAAUCAGAUGUUCUCCGGGCCCGAACAAAAACGACCGGUAUAUAUGAGACUCGAUUCUCGAUGGGGCAGCUUAGUAUCCAGUAAUAUUUACCCUGGGGAAUGUUUGAGGGAGGAGCGUCUGUAGCUAACUUUUUCUCUUAGCAUGUUUGAUGUUGGCGGCCAAAGAAGUGAACGGAAAAAGUGGAUUCAUUGUUUCGAAACAGUAACUUCGAUUAUCUUCUGUGUUGCCCUCAGUGAAUACGAUCAAGUCCUAUUGGAGGAGUCGAAUCAAGUUGGUAGUCCGGUUUUCAUUCGGGUUCGGGAGGGAGGCUUUUUCUAACGGGAUAUAGAACCGUAUGAUGGAGAGUCUUGUCCUUUUCGACUCGGUUGUCAAUAGUCGCUGGUUUGUUCGAACGAGUAUCAUCCUGUUCCUCAACAAGGUCGAUUUGUUCAAAACGAAGCUCGCUCGAAGUCCUUUAUCAAAUUAUUUCCCGGAUUAUUCAGGCGGAAAUGAUGUUACAAGGGCCGCCAAGUACUUGUUGUGGCGGUUUAACCAAGUCAAUCGGGCUCAUCUAAACCUUUAUCCACAGUAUGAUCUAUCGACCCGCUUUGGGGGCAUAGUAGCUAACACAUGCAUUAGUCUUACACAAGCAACGGACACGUCAAAUAUCCGACUGGUGUUUGCGGCAGUGAAGGAGACAAUAUUACAGAAUGCUCUCAAGGAGUCCGGCAUAUUAUGA